AUGUCGAGCACAGACACACUAACGAAUCCUCGACAGCAGCAGUCUGCUUCGUCCCCCAAGGCGAAGGGCUCCGCAUUCUGGCUCAUCUUUCUCGCCCUUCUCGUCUCGACUUUUCUAAGCGCACUGGACAUGACCUCGGUCGGCACAGCGCUCCCGACGAUCACCGCGGACCUCCACGGUGGCGACGACUACUCCUGGGUCGGCUCCGCCUAUGCGCUCUCCAGUACUGCGGUGCUCCCGCUCUCUGGAGCUCUCGCAGACAUAUUUGGGCGGAAGCCUAUCAUGCUUGGAUCCAUCAUCUUCUUCGCUGUCGGCAGCGCCCUGUCUGGGUCAGCACAGAACAUGAACAUGCUCAUCGCUGCUCGAACGGUACAAGGCAUCGGAGGUGGUGCCAUUAUCAACCUCACAGAAAUCAUCACAUCUGACCUCGUUCCACUCGCGGAGCGGGGAUUGUACCAGGGCCUGAUUGGUCUGACAUGGGCUCUGGCUUGUGGCGUCGGCCCUCCGGUCGGAGGGGCGUUUGCUGGCGAGGCAUCUUGGCGAUGGCUAUUCUACUUGAAUCUACCACUUUCUGGCAUUGCGCUCGUCUUGGUAUGGUUCUUCCUCCGAGUGCGUGCGCCUGAGGGCUCUGUCCGACAGAAGUUUGCGCGGAUAGACUGGUCGGGCAAUGCAAUCAUUGUUGCGGGGACAACACUCGCGAUCGUUGGACUUACAUUUGGUGGGAUUCGGUUCCCGUGGGAUUCUGCUCAAGUACUGGCACCCCUUGUCAUUGGACUCGCCCUCGUUGCGACGUUCAUUUUCUACGAAGCGAAGGUUUCAAAGGAACCAACUAUCCCAUGGGAUGUCCUGAACAACCGGACCACCUUCAGCGCAUAUAUAGGAACCUUUGUGCACGGUAUCACCACCAUGGCUCUCGUCUACUACAUACCCGUCUACUUCCAGGCCGUCCUCGGAUCUUCACCGGUCCGGUCUGGAGUACAGACCCUCCCCACUGCACUCAUUAUCUCCGCCUUUGCCAUGAUAUGCGGUAUAUCUGUCGAGCGGUUCCAGAGAUACAUGCCAGUAAACUACGCAGGCUGGAUUCUGAUCACCAUCGGAUUUGGUCUAGCAAGCCUGUUGAAGGCUGGUGCCUCUACGGCACAAUGGGCCGGCUACCAAGUCGUCGUCUCAGCCGGAUUAGGCCUCCUCUUCCCAGCAACCGUCUUCCCCACCCUUGCGCCUCUGCCGAUCGACCGGACAGCAGCGGCGCUCGCAUUCUUUGCAUUCGUGCGCUCCUUCGCGCAGACGUGGGGCAUCACCAUCGGAUCGACGGUGCUGCAGAACGAGCUGAAGAAGAAGCUUCCCGCGGCGUUCGUCGCGCAGUUCCCGGGCGGUGUCGAGAUCGCGUAUGCCGCGAUACCUCUCAUUGACGGCCUCGAGGAGCCUCUCCGGACACAGGUUCGCGUCGCUUUCGCGGACAGCAUCGAUGUCAUCUUUGAGGUCAUGAUCGGCAUCGCCGGGCUCGGGCUCCUGUCGGUGCUGCUGAUGAAGGAGAUACCAAUGCACACAGAUAAGGACGAGAAGUAUGGAGUCAAUUCCGCACCGACAACCAUGGUAGAUGAGGAGAAGGGUGGAGUCACUCCCGACUCGAGGCUUGUUUCUGAGCAGAAAACAUAG